GCAUCAUGCACUGAAUUUACAACUCAUCGAGCUCUUCUCAUCCUCCAGAUCUCAAUCUCCAAGAGUUGGUCCGAUCAUUUCGAAGUCCGAAACCCUUCCUCGAUCUGACCGACGCCGCAGGUAAUGUCCAGUCCUUUGCCGUUUCGGGGUUCUCCCACAUUCCAGUGUCGUUCCUCUGUAGUCGAUUCUCAACGAACGGGAAGUGGUGACAAUGCAGCGAGAUCCCGCUACGGUCGAGGAGCAGUUGAUCUUGAAAGCAAUCAAGGAGGAGUGCCCCUGGGAAAGCCUCCCUAAACGACUCCAAGCCACUCUUUCAUCCAAAGAAGAAUGGCACCGGAGGAUAAUCGAACAUUGCAUAAAGAAAAGACUACAGUGGAGUACCUGCUUUGCUCGUAAAGUUUGCAAAGAAAGUGAGUAUUACGAAGACAUGAUGCGGUACCUGCGAAGGAACUUGGGACUGUUUCCCUACCAUCUAGCAGAGUAUGUUUGCCGUGUCAUGAGGAUAUCACCUUUCAGAUAUUACUGCGACAUGAUAUUUGAGGUCAUGAAGAAUGAGCAACCUUAUGACAGCAUUCCAAAUUUUAGUGCUGCGGAUGCCUUGCGACUAACAGGAAUAGGGAGAAAUGAAUUUAUCGAUAUUAUGAACAAGUGCAGAUCCAAGAAAAUUAUGUGGAAGCUGAACAAGUCCAUUGCAAAAGAAAUGUUGCCUACACAACCUGUGGAUUUUACCAUUGAACCGUGGUGGGGAGUUUGUUUAGUAAACUUCACCCUUGAGGAAUUUAAGAAACUCUCAGAAGAAGAAACGGCAAUGAUCGAUAAAAUCUGCAAGGAAGAAGCAAAUGCAUAUAUUUUGUUUGAUCCUGACAUUAUAAAGGGUCUAUACAGGCGGGGACUAGUUUACUUUGAUGCCCCAGUUUACCCUGAUGACCGUUUCAAAGUUUCCAGGCUUGAAGGGUUUGUUUCCAACAGGGAGCAGUCGUACGAGGACCCUAUUGAGGAGUUACUUUACGCUGUUUUCGUGGUCUCAAGUGAGAAUGCCACGGUUGCCGAACUGGCUGCAACAUUACAGGCUGACCUUUUCCAGCUUCAGGCUGCUGCUUCUUUUGCUUGCCGACUGGGAUGGGCAGUAAAAGUGAUUGAUCCGGCCUCUUAUCUUCAGGAGGCAAGCAUUCCAGGAACUCCGAGAAACAUAUUGAGUGAAGAAGAUGCUUCUCAUGCUAAUGUUGGCCCAGAAAACUUGUUUGGAGACAGUGAUGCUGCUCAACAAGGUGAUGUCUCAGGGUGGUCAGAAAGCAAUAGGCCAGCUAGUGGCCAUGUUCGUGUGGCUUUUGUGGUUGAUGCGAACAUCACCUCCUACCUUAUGAUGGGGUCUGUUUCACCAGGUUUGAAAUCUCAUGCUGUGACACUAUAUGAAGCGGGAAAGUUGGGUCAUGCUAGCAUUGCUGAUCUCUGCAAGGAUCUAAGUACUUUGGAAGGAACUAAAUUUGAGGGAGAACUGCAGGAAUUUGCAAAUCAUGCCUUCAGCCUUCGCUGUGUUCUUGAAUGUCUGCAAUCAGGGGGUGUUUCUACCAGUCCAAGUCUGGAUGAAGCCUGCAGUAACAUGGGCAAUAUUGGUCCAAGCAAGGACGUGGUUAGUUCUCUUGAGGUUGAAAACUCUUCCAAUGACAAUCCAGGGCAAGCAUACACGACUGAGAAUGGGCUAAAUUUGGAUGAUUCCACAAAAUCUGAAACACCCCAGGACCAUUCUCCUGUUAUAGAGGCCAAUAGUGUAUCAGAAGAGAUGUCGUCAAUCAAUAUAUCAGAAGACAGUAACUAUGCAAACGAGAUUGCUAUUUUGGAGACAACUAUCCAGAAUAAUGACAAGUUGACACCAGAUGAAGCAUUAGACACAGGAAGAAACACUUCAAAGAGGCUAAAGAAGUAUCGUGUGGAUAUUCUGCGCUGUGAAAGCUUGGCUUCUCUUGCACCAGCCACUUUGGAUCGACUGUUUCUUCGUGACUAUGAUGUUGUUGUAUCCAUGGUUCCUCUUCCAUUUUCUUCAGUUCUUCCUGGACCAUCAGGUCCAAUUCAUUUUGGUCCUCCCUCUUAUUCAUCAUUGACGCCUUGGAUGAAAUUGGUUCUGUACUCAACUGUGGCUAGUGGCCCUUUAUCUGUUGUUCUGAUGAAAGGACAGUGUCUACGCUUGCUUCCUGCACCACUGGCUGGUUGCGAGAAAGCACUCAUAUGGUCCUGGGAUGGCUCUACUGUAGGAGGUCUUGGAGGCAAGUUUGAGGGAAAUCUAGUUAAAGGGAGUGUACUUUUACACUGCUUGAAUUCACUUCUCAAGUAUUCCUCUGUAUUGGUCCAACCAUUAAGUAGGUGUGACCUUGAUGAAUCUGGUAGAGUCAUCACUAUGGAUGUCCCUUUGCCGUUGAGAAACUUUGAUGGUUCAGUUGCUUUCAUUGGUGAAGAAUUGGGGCUAUCUGCAGGAGAGAGUUCAAAAUUGAACUCUUUGUUGAAUGUUCUUGCAAACAAGAUAGAGUUGGGAAUGAUUGGUUAUAUCCGUUUGUUAAGACUUUUUAAAGAAAGAGACUCGGACUACUUUUCUCCUGAUGACGAGAAGUAUGAAUGGGUCCCUUUGAGUGUGGAAUUUGGCAUUCCACUUUUCAGUCCAAAACUAUGCAACCUAAUAUGUAAAAGAGUGGUCUCAUCUCAAGUUCUUCAGACAGAUUCACUUACUGAGCAUCAUGAUGCAAUGCAAGGGUUGAGGAAAAAGCUGCGAGAUGUUUGUGCAGAGUACCAAGCAACGGGUCCAGCUGCUAAACUUCUGUAUCAGAAAGAGCAAUCUAAGGAGAAAUCUCGACAACUAAUAACCUAUGCUAGUGGAAGGUGGAAUCCACUAGUGGAUACUUCUUCACCAAUUUCUGGUGCCUCAAGUGAGCAUCAGAGAUUGAAACUUGCUAACAGACAGCGUUGCCGCACUGAAAUCCUGAGCUUUGAUGGCAGCAUUCUUAGAUCAUAUGCUUUAGCCCCUGCUUAUGAAGCAGCAUUAAGGCCUGAUGAAGAAGCGGCUUCAACAACUGCAAUGAAGGUUGAACCGGAUGAAGCUGAUGGCAGAGAAGUAAUACUUCCUGGUGUAAAUCUCCUGUUUGACGGUUCUGAGUUGCACCCCUUUGAUAUCGGUGCUUGCUUGCAAGCUCGCCAACCAAUAUCACUAAUAGCAGAGGCCUCAGCUGCCUCUGCAGCUUUUGCAAUUAAAUAGGCUUUCUCCUGUGUUCUAGCUUGGAUGACAUUUGAUGAAGAUUAUGGUGCUGAAUUCUCAGAAGAUACGGUUUGAUGCCCCUCAUGCCACGGUUUCUCUGGCUGCUUUUGAGGCUGGCCAUCUACUUUUAAGCUUGACAGAGUGCAAGGUCGCAGCAAUGGUUUGGUUCUAAGCAUGUGUAUAUCUGGUGGCGCUAGUGUCCUCCUGGUGAUAUUUUGCGAGCUGGGAGGAAGAUUCAAUUUGCAUUUUUCACAUUGUAAGACAAAAUAUUUCAUAACUUCGUGAAUUUCGAGCCUCAAAUUGCAUGGACUACCAAAAUGUGGACAAUCACCCAAAUGAGGAAGAUGGAAUCCCGAAAAGGAAAAACGAGCCAUAAGAUACACACUAUUGAACAAUCAUGUUUCAAAUGUGGCUGUUAUGUCUUCUGGUUUGGAA